UUUUCUUUUCUUUUUCUUUUUUUUUUGGAAAAAAGAAAAUGAGUAUUUUACUUGAGCUUUAGAUGCUCGACACAAUCGAAGAGCCCCUUCUGCUGCAACUCAAUUAUUACACUCCAUCUGCUCCAAGUAUUUAUCAGUCGACUGAUUACAGAGAGAGCCCAUGAAAUCUGAUGCGAAAUCUGAACUCAGUUUAGGGGAUGGAUAAAGUGAGCAAGUUGAGGACUUGAUGUUCGAAAGAUGUAGAUAUGCAAGUUUGCUAGAUGAAUAAAUCUGAAGAUGCAAGAAUGGAUGACAAACGAAGUGAUGCUUAUCAAACUAGUAGGUCAGCUCUACCGAUAUCUGCAUGGAGGGGGAGGUUUAAUAUACCGAGGCAGAACCUAAGUCUCAAUGUAGCUGCUCAUGUCUCGAACAGUGCAUGCUUGGAGGUGGCUAGUAUAAUGCCUGACUCAUUAUGUUUGGAAAUUGUCCCGCGCAUUGAUAUUUGGCCAGCGUCCUUUAAGAGCUCACCACCUAACGAACAUAGUGUUGCGCUCUUUUUCUUCCCAGAGCAAGGUGACGAAGGAGUUUUCAGUAAUCUGCUGACAUAUGCAAUGUGCGGUGACUAUGCCCUUAAAGCAACUAUUGGGAAAGCUGAACUCCUAAUAUUUGCUUCUAUCCAACUUCCCGAGAAGCUCCACCGAUUCCAAGGCAAACCUUAUUUGUGGGGUGUUUUCAAGGGACAACGUGUUGGUACUUCUCAAUCGGAGCAUCAAUUGCACAUUCAGACCCCUAUGGUGAGGCUGAGCCUGUCUGCAAAUUCGUGUGGCCAGAGAAGCUUUGAUGGGAAAGAGAAUCCAGUAACCAUUUCGAGGGAGCAGAGUCCUUUAACACAAGAUUCAAAAGUUGAUAGAAGGGGAAGGCGUCUAGACGAUGCUUGGCAGCAUGCAAAUCCGUUAGACCCAUUAAGACAGAAAGCAGAGUGCAAAUAUUGUGGUUUUCUUUCCUCACAUGGUGGGAUUUCUCGACUUAAAGCACAUCUGGGGGGAGGACACCCGAAAAUCCGCUUGCCAGGUUGUGAGCGGGUCCCGCCUGAGGUGAAACAUGUCAUGGGCGACUGGUUCAAUGAUUGGGUAUACACAACCAAAGCUCUUUGGACGAAGGAAAUUAGAGCUGAGAUUGGUGUGCAUGAUGAAAUGGAGAACCCACAUGAAGCUGUCUGGGAAGAUCAAAAGAGAGACUUGAAGGGGUGUUUUAGCUUUGACUUUUCACGUGGUGAAAUUUCUCAUAAGGUUCCGGGUGGAGGGAACCAAAAUGCAAAUGGGGAAACUGGGCUUAAAGUGUCAUCUGGAAAAAAAGGAGUCCCAACUGUAAAAGUAAAAAAUAUAAAGGCCUCUAUUUCACCUGAAACAAAAGCAGUCAUGCCUGGUUGGUCAAAAAGUCCGCCAUCAUCGUCUAAGGUCAAAGAGUCUCAAGGUGGUGAGCAAUCUGAUAAGAGGGGAAGGCCAUUGGAUAACGCUUGGCAACACGCGAAGGCAUUGGACGAAGCUAGGCAAAAGACACAGUGCAACUAUUGUGGUUUUGUCUCAAUGUACGGAGGAAUUUCACGACUAAAAGCCCACUUGGCUGGAGGCUCUUCUGAGAUGCAGCUGCAGGGUUGCCCUCGUGUUUCGCUCGAAAUCAAAACUGUGAUGGAGGAAUGGUUCAACGAAUGGGUCAAGUACGCUACAGCCACUUGGACAAGGAGGUCAAACGAGAAAGUUCCUUCAGCCAAAUCUUAUAAGAGGGGAAGGCCGCUAGAUGACACGUGGGAACACGCUGUACCUCUGGACGAGUCGAAACAGGCCACUAAAUGCAAGUAUUGUGGUUUUGUGUCGAGGCGCGGUGGAAUUGCGCGAAUGAGGGCUCAUUUGGGAGGCGGUGAUCUCACGAUGCAGUUGGAAGGGUGUCCUUACGUGCCGCUCGAGGUCAAAAGUUCGAUGAUGCCAACUCUCGAAAAAAAGAAAUACAAGAAAAAGUCAAAGGCUGCAAAUAAUAUAGAGGCUGCUGCUGGAGGAGGAGGAGGGGCUCAAGAGACUGCGAGUAUGGCAGGCGAGGCCCAAUGGUUUGAGAGAAGAAAGCAUGAAAUUCUCCAAGAGACGCUCGAUGGGGUCCGCAACACUUGCCUGAAAGAAAGCCUUCAAAAGCUUAUACAAGAGAAGAAUGCCAAUCUGCAAACUAUGCAAUUCGAAAUACACUCCCUCCAAAACCGGUUAGCUACAAUGCCUUGACCAGAUUAUCAUAAUAAGGCCAUUAUUGCGUAAUAUUUUAGUAAUUAUAUCAAGUUUUAGGCAGAAUGGAUGUGUUGAGAAUGAAUGAAUUCCAGACACUAAUGGCAUUUCUCCCUAAUACUGUUUGUGCUUAUAUUAUGUUUUCUUGUUCAUAUGACUUGUAACAUAUUUGUGUUUAAGAUUUGAAACUGUGCAAGUGUUCCUGAAUCUGUCUGUGGAUGUGAUUUUUGUAAUUUUUAUGUUGUCUUUUAUCUGAAGUCUGAACGUUGUAAUGAAAAUUCUGAUCAGUAUGUCUGUAUGUGUGAAGGUUGGAGAUCAGGCUAAAAAAAAAAAAA